CUGUCUGUUCUCUGACCCCAGAUAAAUUUAUUAGGGUACACAAUGUUUUGGGGAACACAAUACCACCACACUUAUUACUAGAAACCCUUGCAAGUGGAAUUAUUUCAGAGAACAUGGGGCAAUGACUGAUGGGGUUAGUCUCCUACCAUCAAUGUUGCCAAUCUCAGCUGUAUAAAGAUCAAAUACGGUGUUAUUUUUAAAGCAUUACAGCGUAGGUAGGUAGUGUACCAGCUUUUACAAUGUAUGGUACAUACAAUGUAUGGUAUCGGAUAAAAUAUCUUGGAAGCUGAAAUCAAGGCGGGUCUGCCAAACCUGGUUAAAAGGCCCUUCAUUUAUUCAGGGACUCAUGGAAUCUCUAUGUGUUGAACGCCGACUAGACGCAAAGAGUUAUUAACAGGCAGGAAGCACAGAACUGACUUUCAUGGGUUAUAGACAGGAUAAAGAGGGGAAAACCUUUCUUAUAUUCAUGUGUGUGUAUGUGUGCAUGAAUGCCACACAGCAUGCACAUGGAGGUCAGAGGACAACUCGAGAGAAUCAGUUCUCUUAUUCCACCUUGUGCGGCCCUGGCAUUAAACUCAGAUCAGCAGGCCAUUUAUCUGACCCUAAAUUAGAUGUUUUAGAUUGGGAACAACAAACACCAUGAUUAUCUGAUUUAAAAACUUUCCCUUUCCAGAGACCCAAAUGCUAGGACUGGCUCCCCAGGUGCUCUGUCUUCACUUUCUGUAUUUAUUGCUUAAUUUCCCUGUGAAAGUGUGUGUGUGUGUGUGUGUGUGUGUGUGUGUGUGUUUGACUUACCCAAGACAUUGAUUUUCCUUGAACUCCAUAGGGCUGCCAGCUUCCUCAGGGGAGCACAGCAUAGCUGGAUUUUAAUCCCUUAGAACGGUGACUUCAGCUGUGAAAGUUUUAGCUAAGAUUUUAAUGACCAGGUUUAACAGAUAGACCAGCAGGUGUCCCAAUUACACUCUCCAUUAAAAGGCUUUUGGUGAGGAUUUAAAUGUUAUUAUUAAAACCAUCGUCUGUACUGCACGGCACCUCGUCAUUCAGCAGCGGGGAAGAUUCCAGUGUCCCAGAAAAAAAAAAUUCGUAUAAAAAGGAAGCCAGGAGAACAGAAACAUCGCAGCACUCAGCCCACCAAAGAAGCUUGGUAUCUCUUUGGCUUUCACUUCCCGACAGGUAAAAUUCUUUGUACUUCUACCACUAUUUUUAAUGCUGCUUGCUACUGUAUGUCGAAAGGGGAUUUUGCACUCAAGGGUCAAGUCUAGACGUGAUGGUCUCCAAGGAAGCCUUGCCCUUCUUCACUGACUGACCUUAUCAACCACCAGCCUUGGGGGAGAUCCAACCUUGGAGGAACCCAGCAGCUCAUGGCCCAGUGUUGGACACUGAUUUUAGCUUCAUCCGCAUCAGAUGAAAUUAAUUUGGAGAGACAUUUUUUUAUCAACUAACGCUAGGCUUACUUGGCAAGGGGGCAUUCGAGCUAGGUGUCUCCACCCAGAUCAGUAUAGAGUUCUCUCUCGGUCUUGAGGCUGGUCUGACCAGCAGUAAUGUCUUAAAGACUAGAUGGCAGACAAGAACAAGCCACCAGUUUCACGGGGCAGCCAUAUUUAAAGUCUAUCAACCUCUUGUUAACCGGAGACAUCUAGAAGGAGCUGCUUUUUCAGAGCUGACGGCCCAGUUCUAACUUCAUGAAUGACAAAGUUGAGAACUGCUUGUAAGGGGGAGGGUACAGGCAAAGUGAAUUUGGUAAGGGAUGAAUUAUGGGUUUCAGGUAACCAAACAAAUAAAAAUAUAAAUGGGUUAUGUUGCCACAAAAAAACAGUGCUGAAGAUGCCAGAAUCAAGUACAGGUGUUUGUUCCCAAUGUCCAAGAUGCUCAAGACAGGCAGAUGACCUCAUGUGGUUCAUUGCCUGCAUGAAAUACAUCCCAAUGCAUGACUCCCUCUGCAGCUUCUGCAGGGCCAGUGGUGCAGAGGCUGGGCUCUUUGCCAUGCACUCUUUAUUUUCACUCACUUCAGUCUGGGUCUGUCAUGAUUGUGUCUUGAUGUCCCCUAGAGUGGAGAUGAUCCCCAAACUGACAGCUGCUGUUCUUCUGCUGAGUCUAUGUUUGGAAGGCUGCUCCAGCCAGCACUGGUCCUAUGGAUUGCGCCCUGGAGGAAAGAGAAACGCUGAACACUUGGUUGAAUCUUUCCAAGAGAUGGGUGAGGACGUGGAUCAGCUGGCAGAACCCCAGCACUUCGAAUGCAUGGUCCACUGGCCCCGUUCACCCCUCAGGGACCUGCGAGGAGCUCUGGAGAGUCUGAUUGAAGAGGAAAGCAGGCAGAAGAAGAUAUAAAUGCAUUGGCCCCGAAGGAUCCACAACAUCCAAGUAUAACGUGGGCAUUGAAAUCUGUGACCUGUUACAGAUCUGUAGCUGUGUGGCUUUCAGCACUUGUAUGCCCAGCAGCAUGGAUUUCAUAAUAAAGUGAUGUGUUGUGGAUCAAGUACAA